ACUCAGACGAGGCGCACGUCAGUCACACAUCGAGCCCGGCUACCCAUCUCCGCAACGACACAUACCAACCUCUCGUCCCCGCUCCCCCAGCGCUCGACGGGUCCGUCGUUCCAGAGCAAUCCGCUCAGGAGUCUGUGCACGCAGACCAAGCAGCGUCGGCAAACACUAGGCCUUCGACUCCGCCAGACCAACAGUCUCAGGCGUCGACCGCACCUUUGCCGUCCACCCCCGUCGCUAGCAAAGCUUCAAGCAGACACCUCCACUCUGUCUUGUCUUUCGGAGGAGCCAAGUUCAUCGAACAGCUUCGCGCAGAGUACGCCGACGAGAUGGGAACCAAGACAGUUCAAGUCAGCCUAGAGACGUUCAUGCGCGAGUUUGUACCGGGCCCCGAUGUGCCCCCGCCUUUCGCAGUUGAGGCGUUCAAUCCCGCUAAUUUCCAGCAUAAGGAAGACCGCAUACGCGACGAGUUGUGCAAGGUGGCCAACUCCAUCUUCAGGCAGAUGCCCGCCGAAGCAAACACAGAGAAACUCGUGGCGAAAGAUACGUACAUCUGGCCCGACCCCACGGACAAGAACAACUUUGAAGUAAAUACAAGACCCCACGUCAUGGUGUAUCCCGAGAAUGACGAAGCCCGACAUGCGUAUACCCUCACUUCGCAGGCACUGAAGAAGAAGAACGAGGCAGAGAGGGAACGAUGCCAAAGGAGGGAAGCCAGAACUGCAUGGUCAUGGAUGAAGCUGUUCAUCGAGGCGAAGACCAACUCCAAUGACUGUCCUUUUGUUAUUCCACUAAGCAUGAAGCAGAACUCGGAGCUGGUUCCUGAGAAGGCUGAGCUGCCGCAGAUGGCCAGUUCGUCGUCACUCGAGCCUGAAGGAUCGGCGCAGGUGACGGACCCUCUCAUCGCUUCAACUUUGUCCACCUCAGCGACCCCAGGAUUGUCGGCUCAGUCAACAGCACGUCCGACAACUUCCGCUACCGAGGCGUCAAAGCCGAAGCCCCAAGCGUUGCCCUCGUUCCUUCGUACGUACACGAAAGGCGGGAAGCAGACAAUGGGGCAGAUGGUCCAGUACGUAUCCAAGAUUUUGCAAAGGCAGUUCCUGGCAUACGUCUUCACCAUAUUCACUUGGCGCGACGUGGCGUGGCUGCUCCGAUGGGAUCGCGCCGGGCUCAUUGUCUCCGACCCGUUCAAUCUCGUGAAGGAGCCGCAGCACUUCCACACGUUCCUCUACCGAUUCGCCUGCAUGAGCGAAGUGCAGCGAGGCCGCGACCCCACGGUGAUACCGGCGACCCAUGAGGAGGUCGAGCUCAUGUGCAGCAUCAAACAAUUCGACUCCAACUGGCACAGGAUCCAGUACACGAAUACAUUGAAUUCGGGCUGGCCGAUCUACAAGGUUCUGGUUCCAGAGGAGGACGUGAUAUCGAAGGCAGAGCUCGAGCAGGGCGCGAAGGCGACGCGGGCCGUGUCCGAGAGCUCACCGAGCCGCGAAUUCCUCGUCGGGAAGCCACACUUCAUGACCGGCUCCCCCACCGGAGGGGGAACGAGGGGUUGGUUUGCCUACGAUAUUACCAAUCAGCGGCUGGUCUUUCUCAAGGAGUGCUGGCGCUUGGACGCGCCGACGUAUCAUCCGGAAGGUGAAGUGUACUUGCGUCUUCACAGCAAGCAAGUGCCAUAUAUUGCAACCCCAGUUGCCGCUGGCGAUGUUCGCGAUGCGACUGGCGGCAUGCACCACACCCGCGCGCAAGAUUUCUUCCUGGACCCACCGCCCAAGCUCAUUCAGUACCGCAUCAUCCUGAAGGAGAUCGGUAAACCGCUCGAGGAAUACGAAACUUCCUUCGAAUUGAUGUCUGCUAUGUAUUGCUGCAUAUAUGCACAUAUGAAAGCAUGGACAGAGGGCGAGGUACUACAUCGAGACAUCAGCAGAGCAAACCUUUUAAUGUAUCCCUAUCGUAAUGACGAUGGGGAAAUCGAGUGGCUGGGUCUGAUUGUCGACUGGGGUCUGUGCAAGUACAAGGACGAGUUGGGACUACCGCAAGUGCAGAACACUCGCUCGGGCACUUGGCAGUUCAUCUCUGCCGUCUUGCUCGCACAUCCCGGGGUAUUUCCGCAUGCAGUGUGGCACGACCUGGAGUCGUUUGUCCACGUCCUUCAUUGGUUGUGUCUGCGGUUCCACAAGACGAACUACUCCGAUUCGAUGAAACGCGAUAUGUUACUCGAGCACGUCGGCAUUGUCUACGACCAGACCUAUUCAACAUCGAACGGCAUAUCUGCUGGCGGUGAGGCGAAGUUGAAGCUCAUGCAAGAAGGAACGCUUCCCUUCACGCUCGUAGCGGGGUCUACGGGCCAGAGAGGGCCAGGCCUAUAUCGUCUCCUGACCAACCUCGCAGCUCUCUGCAAGGAGCACUACAAGUGGUUGAAGCCCCAAUUGCCAACUGUGACGCCCGAGGAGGAUCAGGAUCAGGAUCAGCCCCAGCGUUCCCGAAGCCGCCUUCUCCCCCCUCGAAGGAAUGUCGUAUCUGCAGUUGAACCGACGAUCUCGGAGGCGCCUGCACAGCCUGUUCUCGAGAACCACACGAAGAUUCUCGACGUGUUCGAGACGAUGUCGCUGGGCAAAUGGAUACCGGACAAGAAGAUCGAGGAUCAAUUUGCGCACUCAAACACGACGAUGGACCAGCAGGUGAAACUCAAGAGAUCCUCCGAAGAGUCUAUUAGUAUCAGUCUAGACGAGAGACCGGGUAAGCGCAUCAGGAGUCCAACCGGUAGCGCGUCCGUGUCGAUUGCGCCUCAGCUGGGUUCGAUCUCGGAGAACCUCAAAGGCUGAGCGCUGAGCGUUGAUCAGGAGAGUCGUCGUGAAGCAAUCGUGAAACCUGUUGGGUGCAGUUUCGGUGACAUUUGGAUUGGCGAGUACUGUUCACGAGGCACCCUGUAAUGUAUGAUCUUGCGUUUGUGUCAAUGUUGUAUCAAUAUAGAGGCAUCACUGCUAUGGCCAUGACAGUAUAUCUACCGUGUACAUCCAAUCGCC